AUGGCUUGGGAUUUGGUGCUGUCUCAGCUCCAUUAUAUCAUUUCUGAAGAAUCUAAACAUGGAACCUUUGUUGGAAGAAUUGCUCAGGACCUGGGUCUGGAGAUCAGUGAGAUUAAUUCCAGAAUGUUGAGGAUUGUCUCUAGAGAUGAAAGAGAAUAUUUCCAGGUAAAUCUGCAAAAUGGCAUCUUAUUUGUAAAUAAUAUCAUUGACAGAGAAGAAAUCUGUCCAAAGAUAACUGUUUGUAUUUUACACCUUGAAAUAAUAGUAGAUAAGCCUGUACAAAUAUAUCAUGUAGAUGUAGAAAUUGAAGAUAUUAAUGAUAACUACCCUGUUUUUUCUGCAAAAGAAUACAGCAUUGUUAUAGCUGAAUCAAGAGUAGCUGAAUCUAAAUUUCCAUUAGAGGGAGCAGUGGAUGAGGAUGUUGGCACAAAUUCCAUCAGGGCCUAUCAACUCAGCUCAAAUGAAGUGUUUGCUAUAGAAAUCAGGAAAGACAAACACCUAAGUGAAUCAGUUGAACUCAUACUGAAGAAACCUUUGGACAGAGAGAAUAAGCCAUUUUAUAAUUUAACACUAACAGCUGUUGAUGGUGGCAAACCAAAAUUAAGUGGCACCACACAGUUACUUAUUACAGUUCAAGAUGCAAAUGACAAUGCUCCAACCUUUCACGAGUCAGUAUAUGAGGUUACUUUGUUAGAAAACUCUCUAAAAGGAUCUUUGGUGACCAAAGUAAUUGCUAUUGACCCAGAUGAAGGAGAUAAUGGAAAGGUCACAUAUGAGUUUAGCAGUCAGGUCCCACCUCAAGAAAAAUCUACUUUUAAGAUAGAUCCGGAAACAGGUGAAAUUAAAGUGAUAGGGGAAGUAAAUUUUGAAAAGAAUAAUUAUUUUGACAUUCGUAUUGAUGCAACAGACAAAGGACAAAACCCGAUGACUGGCCAUUGCAAAAUUCUGAUCAGUAUUAUAGAUGUCAAUGAUAACCCUCCAGAAAUUACAGUAACUUCCCUUUCAGUGCCUGUGGCUGAAGAUUCACCAGUAGGGUCCACAGUAGCAAUCAUCAGAAUUCAAGAUACGGAUUCAGGCUUCAAUGGGAAAGUGACCUGCUUCAUAGCUGGAAAAGUACCUUUUAAGUUAAACCCAACCCUUAGGGAAUACUAUGCCUUGACAGUAGAAGGACUUUUAGAUCGUGAAAUUGCCUCUGCAUAUGAGGUUGAAAUUUUUGCAAGGGAUGGCGGUUCCCCAGCACUUUCGGUUACACAGACCAUUAAUGUAGAAAUAAGUGAUGUUAAUGACAAUGCUCCUUCUUUUGCUCAACUCUCAGAUACAAUUUUUAUUACAGAAAAUAAUCCACCAGGUUCUCAUAUCUACACAGUAUCAGCCACUGAUUCAGAUAUCAACCAAAAUUCUUUUAUAACUUAUUCACUUAUAGAAGGUUUCAUUGAAGGCAUCCCAGUUUCAUCCUACCUUUCAAUCAGUCCUGAGAGUGGUAAGAUCUUUGCUUUGCUCUCCUUUGAUCAAGAGCUGAUUCAUUUCUUUCAGUGUAAUAUUAAAGCUUCUGAUGCAGGAUUACCCCCACUCAGUGGAAAAUUGACCCUAAAUGUCUUUAUAGUGGAUGUAAAUGACAAUGCACCUGCACUUUUUCCACAAUUUUACAACUUUGACUCCCAAGUUACAGAAAUGGUAUCACGGUCAGCAAAAAUAGGCCACCCGGUCACAAAAAUCAAGGCAAUUGAUGCAGAUUCAGGAUACAAUGCAUUUCUUGCCUAUGGCUUGAAAGAUCCUACAGAAAAAACACCUUUUGGAAUUGUACAGCAUACUGGGGAAAUAAUAGUAACUCGCCGUAUCUUAGAGUCUGAUCGUGAUGAAUAUAAACUUCUCAUUUUGGUAAAGGACCAUGGAGAUCCAGUCUUGUCUUCUACAGUGACAAUCACUGUCGUGUUAGUGGAAACAAUCCAAGAUAUCACUGUUGAACAAAACCAAAAAGGAAUUGAAUUUGAAGAUGGUUCCAACACAAAUAUUUAUUUAAUCAUGGCAAUCUGCAUUAUCUCUGUUAUUUUUCUACUGACCCUCAUUGUGUACACAGCAAUAAGAUGGCACCAAUAUUCUGUGGAGUUAAAAGAGUUAAAACAAAGCAAUCUGGCAUCCAGUCUAGCUGGAAGUUGGACCAAAUCAAUGCAACGCCAUUACAGUCUUUGGCUAAAUGGAAUUUCAUCCAAAAAUGAUUUAAUUUUGUUUACUCCAAAUGUCUCCCAACCACCAGUCAAUGAUAAUUCCUCUAUCCAGCAAGGAUUUGGCACAGGUCCACCUGGGCAGAUUCUUCAGAAACAGCUUCUGGGAAGUGCAUAA